GCCGUGGGGUGCUGGUGGCCCGCCGCGCCACGCUGCGGGAGCCGCCGCCGCCGCCUCGCGCCACUGCACCAUGUCCGGCCAGCUGGAGCGUUGCGAGCGCGAGUGGCACGAGCUGGAGGGAGAAUUUCAGGAACUGCAGGAAACUCACAGGAUCUACAGGCAGAAGUUGGAGGAACUGACUGCGCUCCAGACUUUAUGUAGCAGCUCCAUCAGCAAGCAUAGGACGCGACUGAAGGACCUGAAGCGCACGCUCCAGAGGUAUAAGCGCCGUGCCAGCGUGGAGGAGGCGGCGCUGGUUCAGCAGAUAGAUGUCACCAUCAAGGAGCGGCAGAACAUCUUCUUUGACAUGGAGGCCUACCUGCCCAAGAAGAAUGGGCUCUACUUGAAUCUGGUCCUCGGCAACGUAAGCGUGACCCUCCUCAGCAACCAGGCCAAAUUUGCCUACAAGGACGAGUAUGAGAAGUUCAAGCUCUACCUGACCAUCAUCCUGCUCCUGGGGGCUGUGGCCUGUCAAUUUGUCCUUCACUACAGGGUAACGGACGAAGUCUUUAACUUCCUACUCGUGUGGUAUUACUGCACCCUGACGAUUCGGGAGAGUAUUCUUAUCAGCAACGGCUCAAGAAUUAAAGGCUGGUGGGUGUCGCACCACUACGUGUCCACCUUCCUGUCUGGAGUGAUGCUGACCUGGCCUAAUGGACUAAUCUAUCAGAAGUUUCGCAGUCAGUUUUUAGCGUUUUCCAUAUUUCAGAGCUGUGUCCAGUUCCUGCAAUAUUAUUACCAGAGGGGCUGCCUCUACCGGCUGCGGGCUCUGGGGGAAAGGAAUCAUUUGGACCUCACUGUGGAGGGAUUCCAGUCCUGGAUGUGGCGGGGCCUCACCUUCCUCCUGCCUUUCCUGUUCUUUGGCCAUUUCUGGCAGCUCUACAAUGCAGUCACGCUCUUCAAGCUUUCCAGCCACGAGGAAUGCAGAGAAUGGCAGGUGUUCGUGUUGGCAAUCACGUUCCUGGUCCUCUUCCUGGGCAACUUCCUGACCACCCUCAAAGUGGUGCACACCAAACUCCAGAAGAACAGGAACAAGGCGAAGACGCCGUGAGCCACGGGGCUGCGCCCCCCGAGCCCCGGACUUUGAGACUGCGGGGGUCUCCGUCGGCACCCUCACUGCCGAUUCCUCCUCAGCAGUGCCAGUGGUCACUGGCGCAGUGACCUCAGGGGCCAGUGGCCUCCCCGGGAGCAGGGCCAAGGCCCGAGUCCCCGACUGGACAAGAGGAAGGUGACCCCAGCCUGUCCGAGCAGUAUUAGCCACCCCUCCCUAUUUAUGACAUAUUUAAUACCGCGCCCUCCCCACCGCCCUAGAACCUUGGCCCCCGCUGCUCUUGACCGGACUGGGUAAGUCUUCCUGGGAGAGGCAAAGCCUCAGGGAGCCCCCCUGUCCCCGGUCCUGGCACUUGAAGCCCUCAGGGUGGGGUGUGGACAUGCCUCCUGAGGUUGGAUGUGUAACCUGUUACUUAAGAGUCCCAGGCGGGGGCGGAAGGAAGGCCCGGGGAGUCCUGUGGGGACUCCCUCCCCAGGCACACGCGUCUGCUGUCGGCUCCCACCCCCUCCCAGCCUCCGUUUCUCUGGGGGGCGGGUAUUUAAGUUCUCAGAGAACCGCUGUUGUGCCUUGUGCUCUUUGUGCUUCCUGAGUCCCCUGACUGCUG